AUGGAUAGAAAUAUUUACAUUGGAUCAUUUUCGGUGGUUGGUAAAGAUCAAGCUACUCGAAGUGAAUAUGUCCAGAAAGAGUUGGAAUCAAUGCGAAAUGUAACACAGAAUAAAGAUGUAUUAUUAGUGAUAUCAUUAUCAGGGAUAAAAGUCUGUAGUGAAGAUGGACAGAGUGUUCAUAUGGCACAUGCUUUAAAACGUAUAUCCUACGCUACAUGUGACCCAGAUUGGUGCCAGUUUUCAGUGUUAGCUCGUGAACCUAAAGGUCAUAUGAAUGUACAAUAUUGUCAUGCCUUUAUUACCAAUACAAAUGAAGAGACAGAGGAACUCAAUGCCAUCGUUGGAAAUGCCUUUCAAAUGGCCUAUGCAAAACAAAGACAAAAGCAGCCCACAUUUAAUGAACUAAUUCAGCAGCAAGUCAUGGAGCAGCAAGCUAAGUUUCGUGAAUUGGAAAAACAGGAACAGAAAAAUUUCCAGGCCAAAUUAAACGAGAUAGCUACACCUACACCAUUUUCAGAAAAAGCUUUUCAACAUUUAGAAUAUCGUCGUCAAGUGAGUGAAGAAACUGCAGCUGAAAAAGAACGAGAAUUAGUUGUUGGGAAAAAUAAGGUUUGGGCCAAACAAGUUGUUGAUAAAGUGAAACAUAGAUCUCCUAUCGAGGCGUCAACAUUACAAUUGCGACGUACAACCUCUCCUCCUAGUGGUGCUUGUCAUUCACGAGAAUCAGCUUAUGAACUUCGAUCACCCGUUCAUCAAGCAGCAUCUGCGGCAGCCAAACGUAACUCUACACCUCCGAAUGUGCCUUCUUUAUCCAAUCAACAUCAGUCAAUAUCAGUGGCCGCCAUGAAAAAUUCUGUGGAAGUGAAUCAUAAUAAUGCGAAAAUAAAAGGUUCACCUGUGACAGCAUUAAAAGAUGAAAUAGAUCGAAGAUUUUUAUCCAAUGGAAGUAGUGCCAUAAAUUCUAGUCUUUCAGAUAAUCGUGACAUCCAGCAGCCAAUUUCUAAUGGACAAAAGAAAGAAGAAGUCAAGAUGCGUCAUCCUCGUAUGGUCAACAGACCACUACCUGCUGUGCCAGCAGACAGAUCUCCUCGAGGUAGUCCUCAUCAUCGUCCUCAGUGGAGAAGUUUUGAUGAUGAUAACUUACAGUCAGCAAGGUCUAGUGGAAAUAAUGAAACACCUAAACGUAAGCCACAGAGGCCAAUGAGUGAAAUUGCUGUGACUGGAACACUAUAUGACAAUAGACUACCGGUCAAUGGAUUCGCUAAUGUUUCGGAAGAAGGAGGCUUCUAUAUUUAUGGUCCAAAUCCUAAUCAAGGUGGUGCUUGUGCUAUGGAGAAUCACAAAAGAAAUGGUGCCUUAAAUGGCCAAGGUAAAUCAACUCCACCCCGUAGAGAUGAUGAAAAUAAAGAUUUUUUACGGUACCAAAAUGACAGUCCAUUCCAAGCUGAUAAAGGAGAUGAAUCUGAAAGAUCUGCUUUAAGAGCCAAACAAGGGCCACUUUCUUCACCUAAACCCUUGUAA